AUGUCGUUUAGGCAUCUUGUGUACUCGGCUGGCUUCUUGUUUGUGACAAUAUUGAUCAUUGAUAUCGUUGACGGCGCCAAGCUAUGCACCAGAGGUAUUUGCAAAGGUAAAAAAGCGGACUGUAAAAAGGCGUGUAAAGUUCCCAAGGGAGUUACCAUAGACAAGCGAUGUUUCAAGCAAUGCAUCGCAAUUUCAAACCAUAGCCCAGAUGGUGUCAAGAAGUGUAAAGAGAAUUGUAUUGUAGUGGUUGUUCCACCGGUUGACUGUAUCUGGGGACCGUGGAGUAAAGACACAAAGUGCACCUGUUGCGACGACUGUUGUUUCAGGUACUGUCUGAGAUACCGGAAAAAGAAACCUGCCCAAAACGGAGGAAGGGAUUGUAUUGGACAAAGCACAGACUAUGUCAUUAGGAAAUGUGACAAAACGGAAUGUGCAAAGACGUGGGAAAAUCCAAAGCGAUGUUGGGGAUGGGGUGACGUCCACUAUCACUCAUUCGAUGAUCUGGAGUACAACUUUCAGGGUGUUUGCAAAUACACUCUAGUAGAAGACAUGAUAGGAUUCUUUAAGGUUUUUGUGAAAAAUCGACAAUGGGCGAACACUGCAUUAUCUGUAACGCAAUAUGUGGAGAUACAUUUGGCAGGGGACAUCGUUAGACUCGAUGGACCAGGAUCAAUACAAGUUAAAGUAAAUGGGAAUCCGCUGCCAGCAGGGAGUCUACCCUAUAACACACCAUGGUAUACUGCCAAUGUGGUAGGCAACACGAUGACAUUUGAGAGUACCCCGCUUACCCUAACGAUACAGUUUAACAUCCACCCAUAUAACAGUCCACCAAAGGCACCUGGUUACGGUGACGUCUAUGUUACGUUAGGGCGGCAAUGGAUGCAAAUGGUGGACGGACUUUGCAAGAAUUACGAUGACAAUACGCCGAAUGACUGUUCGGAUAAAGCGGGUUCUAGUUUGAUAGGAAACCCAAAUAAAGGAGAACUUCUUGGUAUCAGUUACAAAGUCUUCGAUCCACAAGACCCGAAUUGUGUCGACAUGCUAAGAACCCUCGCUCCAACAUGCCCAACCAGGAUUAAUGCAGCUGCAAACCAAUUCUGCGGCAGCAUCGUCAGUAACGUUGGUUUCUUUAAGGAAGUCAUUGAUAUGAUGACCAAUGCUGAAAUUAAGACUUGGGUAGCCAACUGUAUAAUGGACUAUUGUGCAGCACCUGACGCCAAAUGUGACAUCCUCGAAGCGUUUGUCGCCAAUAGAAGAGGUGAAGGGCAGGAUAUGGAAGGAUGGCGGAAGAUGUUUAAUUGUCCCCGUCAGUGCGGACCUAAUGAAGUUUAUCUGUAUGAUGGUCCUGGUUGUGAGCCACAAUGUUUUGAAAGCGAACUUCGUUGGUGUGCUGAACGCAGGCGAGAGGGUUGUUUCUGUAAACCAGGCUACAUAAGGUGCAAAGGGAAAUGCAUUCUUUUCCCAACAGCACCAUGUCCACCCAAGUCAGACCCUAGAUAUGGACCAGGUGACCCACCAAUGAUGUGCUGUAUGGCAAGCACGUGGUAUUGGCCACACGGCAAAGAGAAAUAUUCAACUCAGGACAUUCCCGAUGGAAAGUUUAUACAUCACGUGUGUCCAAAGGGCCAAGUUUUCAAAGUGUUUAGUCACUACAAAUGUGGUUGCGUUGAUGCCGAACAAUGUCCGCCUAUAACCGACCCGAGGUAUGGUGGGACCCCACCAAAGAUGUGUUGUAAGGACAGUACCUGGUAUUGGCCAUUUGGCGGAGGAUCGUACUCAACUGAAGUAAUUCCAGACGGAGAAAUGAUUUCAAGACAGUGCCCCAGGGGGCAAGUGUUCAAGAUAUCAAGUCAUCACAAAUGCGGAUGCGUAAUUUCAGUUAUUGAUUGCAAAUGGGGACCCUGGUCGUGUUGGAGGUAUAGGCCGUGUACGAGGGCAUGCGGUGGAGGCACGAGAACAAGUACACGCAGCAGAUCUCUGCUUCAAAGGGGCCAAGGUCCUACCUGCAAUGAACCGUCAACCCAGUCUCGAACCAGUCCUUGCAACACUCACGCUUGUGUCGAAUGUCCCAUCCGACCAUUAUGCCGAUUUAGCUGCACAACGUCUAGUACACUGCUAACUUUACCGGGAACAUGUUGCCCGACGUGCUUUAGAUCUUGCAUUGACCGAUUUCCGAGGAGACCGACUAUUUCAUUAAGGGUGAAAGCCGGUUGUUCCUACGAUUUCACCACAAAGAUGACAUUCUAUUCGACCUGUCAAAACUACGUGCCUAACGUAUGCCCGUUUACAUGUGCACACAUCAGUGGAACGUGUCCGUCUGUGGAACCAACGAUGGGUGAGGUUCGUGUAACCAGCUCUAACAAUGUGGAUAUUAACCCGUUUACAGAGUCAGGCAAAAGUGCAGGGUGUUACAAUCCAAAGUCAAUUGCGAAAUACAAUUGGACAUAUAACGCCUUUAGUUCGAAGGGACAAGACACGUUUUACCUUGCAUCACCUGGUUCGAAAGAUCACCAAGAGUACAAAGUCACAAUAUACUAAUUAACUUAACUGGACUGAAACGGACUGCUCAUGCUUGCCCGGAUUUAACAAAAACGUUAAUAAUUAAUUAUUCAGAAAGUUAGUAUUCAGAUAACCAAAGUAUUAUAUUGCAUUCGUAAGUGAAAAAGACUGAUGCAUUAUAGUCAAAAAGUUAACAAUUGCAA